UGAACGUCAACGCGGUAGGAGGUGUUCUGUCUGUGUAAGGUGUAAUAAUUAAUUAUCAUCCAGUAAAUUAAUUGCUUCCUAGCUUCCCGAUCGAAUUCGUCGCGUAAACGUGUACAUUUCUGGUGAAAAAGCUGAUCUGGUUAGUGAAAGUGUUAUGUCUCACGAAAUAAUGCAACAGCCCGUGUCGAUCAAAUCAGAGCCAGAUUGGAAUGAUCUGCUGCUGCCGGAGCCGGAUACUCGUCAAUAUGCUCUUCAGCAGCAACAGCAAAUGCAUUAUAAUCAACAGCUGCAACAACAGCACCUUCCGCAGCAACAUCCUAAUCAUCAGCAACAAAUGCAACAGCAAUCUCAGCAGCAACAGCAAAUGAGAAAUGGAAAUCAUCCAGUAGGAAUCCAACAGCAGCCGCAGCAACAGCAAAUUUCGAAUGAUCCAGUGGACAACGAACCACUGGACAUCAUAGAAACGAUCGAUUCCGACGAUAAUGACUUUGCCGAGGCCGAGUCAUUGACCUUGCAGCAAUAUAAGAAAGAUGAAAAACUGUGCGAAUACUACCGCCGGAUGCCAGUGUUGUACGACAAGAGCCAUCCGCACUACAAAUUCCAGUCGAAAAAGGAGAAGGCCUGGCGGGAGCUGGGUCGGCUGUGUGAGAUGAACGUCGACCAGUGCAAAAAACGGAUGACGUACUUCCGCUGUCGGUUUACCGUGGAACGGCGAAUCAUGAAGAAUGGGGUGAACUGUAGCGAGUGGCCCCUGCUGGAAAAGCUCAAGUUCCUUAACAAGCACAUCAAGAUCCGGAGACCACGGGCGCCGAACGGAGAUGUCGACCCUGAUACCGAUGAUGAAUCUAAUCCAUUACACGCCCUUCGAAAGCGUCAGAUGGAGGAAUCGAAAGAUGAUCUUCAUGCAUAUCUGGACCUGCAGCAGGUCGCGGCCGCUGCAGCUGCUCAGAAUCCGCAGGCUCAACUGCACUAUCAAGCACAGCAAGCGAAGCUACAUCAGCAGUAUCCACACGCACAACACCAAGGACCGCCUGGAUUCCAUCCUGGGCAGGACAUGGGUUUACAUCACCUUCAGUCACCUCAUACGCCUGGUCAGCAGGUACACGCAGCAGCUCUCCAUGGGAACCGAGAAAAUCACCAUCCAGCUCAUAUGGGUGCUAAUCCAAUGUCUGCCUCACAUGGAUAUCGCGCGGGACUAUCACAGCCCACUCCAGUCGAAUCGCCCAUACCGGCUUCCAACGUGGAAGUAUCCUACAACGUACCAAAGCGACAACGGCUCAACUAUGACAACAACAUGGACGAGGUAGCGUCCGUCUCCAACUUUAACAUAAACCGCACGAUCAAAUACCAAAACAAUCUUGAACAUGCAGUCAGUCUCGAUGAGCACGGUGCUUUCGGAUUGUAUGUUGGAGAAAUUCUAAGAAAACUGCCCGAACGGUUGGGUUCCUUCACAUCGCUGAAAAUUAUGCAGGCAUUGCAUGAGGCCCAAAUCCAAUCAUUCGACAUGGUCCCAGGCAAUAGUAGCAAUGGAAAGAAAGCAAGUUCCCCGAAUAGUUCCCCCGAUAGCGAGGAACGCAAGUCGACCGAUAGCAAUGAAGACAUCUCCAAGGAGUAAACAUCUUCGAGAUGUUAUUCGAUUCUUAUUUGCAAAUGCUCGCCAGUUUCGCUAAUCGUUUUGAAGACAUCAAAACUUGUGUAUUUAUUAAACACUUUUUAUUAGAAUUAAUAACGUAUGAGCGGUACUUUACGUUCAAAUGAAUAUUUAACAGCAGGUUUGUUUAUUUAAAAAUCCAUCCCAUAAAAUUAAUGAGAAGCAUUUUUAAUUGAGUAUUAGUUUUUAUAUGAUGCCUAUACUGCCGGUCUACGCAUAACUAUCCCAUGUGUACUGGGAAUUCCAUAGAACAUGGCAGACGGCAGUAUGGUAAGAGCUUUUAAUAUUGUCGGUAAAUCAUAAGAUAGUUUUUUUUGCCAAGCGCUUCAUUAAAUAAACAAAACCGUUGUCUUUAAUAUUCCUCAGUUAGUUUUGUAGGGUUAAGAAAGUAGAAAAGGAAAAUUAAAUAAUCAUUUGACAGAACCUAUAUACAAAGAUUAUAACAAAAAUAAUCCCAAUAAAUGUGAACUAUGUUAACAAAGGA